AUGCCCCUCUUGUCAAGCAUUUUCUCGCGGAAGAACAAGCCGUCUCCCCGCGCAAAGCACGACGACCACAACGGCAGCAUACACAGCAGCUCAGCUGCAUCUGAACUAGACUCGACUCUUUCAUCUCCAACUACUUCUUCCUACGCAGGCAAAUCCUUAUCUUCCUAUCCUCCUUCUAGAGACCUGCUGCAUCCAGAUGCCGCUCGUGCGCACACAGCACACACACUUAUUCCCCCACAACCUCCUUCUACACCAACCCCAUCUAAUGGCAGUCGUCUACGUCUGCCUUUUACCCGCAAAAAGUCGAACAUCUCAGGAGUAAAUUCACAGAGCAAUGUUUCUGUGGAAACAAGUGCUCACAAUUUCAACACUUCCCCCCGGCCACCACUUCCGUCCCGCGCCAGCACAGACGAACCCGUGGACCGCCGUCUCCGCCCCCCACCCUCUAGAUCUGCCAUCUUUGCAGCCUAUGGCGAUCCAAAUAGCGCUCUUUCCACACGUUCUUUACCCAACGAUCCAACUUCAGACUCUCGCAGCAAUCCUUCGCAAAAUAAUCCACGUUCUCGACCAUCCCUGUUUCCAUGGGCAAAACAUCAACAGUCUUCACCUUCCCCGUCUCCCUCAGGUCAUAAUUCUACGCCGAAUAUGUCACCCAUUUCCACUGCAUCGCCAAAUAGCCCUGAGCCUGGUCAAUCUUUCAAUCUCAAGUCCUUCCGCCACAUCCGACCGCCUUCCCCAUCAAAUGGCUCCAAUGUUUCAUUGGCCCCGCCAAUUCCUCGCCCUCGCGGAGAGAGCAUAAACUCUGAUUCUUCCCAACGGAUAUCUGUCGCCGCUUUCCGCGAAGCUCAAUCAAGGCGCAGUAUGGCAGGAUCUCCUUCUCCUUCCUUCCGUUCAACGAGUCCGUUACCUGGCGCGCCUCAUCCCGGGGCGAUGUCUGGGGAAGAUUCUCGUGGCGGCAGUCCCCGGCCACCUCGUUCCCAACCUCCAGCUACUCUACAGCAAAGACGGCGUUCUAGCAUGGCACUUGCAUACACAUCUGAUUCCGAUUCAUCUGAUUCAUCCUCUGACGAGGAAUCAGCAGACGAAAGGGGUCACCCAAAGGGUACUGGGAGACCAUCAUUCAAUACACCUGGACGUUUUGACAAAGUGAAAGCGAAAUCAGAAUUAGGACAUGGAAAUAUGUCAUCAGUGCCGUCCAGAUCGAAGGACACACCGUUUCCCCAGCGUGCGCCUAAAUCCCACGUUGGACAUUCUGGUUCCCAAACUCCAUCUUCUCGCCCGGAGUUAUCCAUUCAGUCUGAUAUAACGAAGAAGAUCUCAGAGUUGCCUCCUCGUUCUCAAUCAAGCAUGAGUCAUUAUACAGGUGGGGUUAGACCACGAGCCAGUGCUUCUGCCAGUGCAAUAUCUCCAACAGCAGCUGCAAAGAGAGCGAGCAUAUUGGCUGCGUCGGGCAAUUCAAACUCUAAUAACAAUAUCAUGUUUGAAAGUAGACCUAAUCAGCCGCAGCCUCGCAAAGCGCCUCAACCACCGCCAACAAAAAGUUCACACAUAUCAUCCAGCUCUGAUUCGGAAGACGAUGCACCAUUAGCCAACCUUGUUGGACCCCGGAGACCUGGAAGUGCAAUGUCGUCGUAUUCCAAUUUGCACGCAAGGUCUACUGGAAAUGUCACUACCCGGUCAAAUACCCAUCUCCCCCCUAAACCUCUCAUCGAUAUAAACGAACUUACUGCCCCGAAGCGCUCGUAUACAGCUCCGGAUGAGAAUGAUGCAGGAUUCACCAAGGGGCCCACCUUGCUAUCUCUUGGUAAGAUGCCAUCGCCAAACACUCAACCUCACCUAGUGGAGAGUCCAGUUUCUCCUUCUGGGUGGCACCCUAACCCGGAUGGAGCUUCCUCUUUGAUACGGAAGGACCCACCAGCGAACUUUAUCUCACCGCCCGAGUCCCCUGCCCCAGAGUUGGAACAUCACACUAACAAGGACGACACGCAAACGAUUAGGGGUAGCAUGGAUGUGUUAGCUGUUUCACAAACAUCGGAAAUAAACCCCGAACAGAGAAGGGUGCCUAUUACUGAUCGCUUGACCAAGGUGGUUCAGACAAAUUUGACAUCUACAAGCUCUGUCCCAACAGCAGCCUACCCUUCUUCAAUUCCUCCCGUCAAUUCAGCGCCUUCUAACAAGGCAAGCGAAACCUCGGAUGAAAGCUCGGAAGAAGAAGAUAGUGACUCUGAUGUGCCCCAGCAGCAAAAGUCGAAGUCACAAAUUGAGCCAAAGUCAGCGCCAUUUCCCCGUCAAACUCAUGCACCAUUGGCGAUGCCAAAGGCGCACGGUCUUUCCAAUGUCCCAACCAAGGCGGAACAUAGUCCUGUUGAUCAAGAGCUGGCACAAUUACUUGGAAGUGCAGUCAACUUCAUAUCUCGAAAUGGAGAGCCAUCCGAAGAAUCGUCUGAAAGUGAAAGUGAGGAUGAAGAUAAUGACACAUCCAUUGGCAAAAGCAGCAAUCCUCCCAUCCUCGCUCCUAUUCCUAUCAAAGAACGUUCACCUCCACCAGCGUUUAGUGUCACCUCCAGACCACCUCUAACGAGGCCAACGCAUACAGCUAAUUCAUCGACUACCGCCACCUCAUCUAGCGGUACUGGAUCUUCAGAGUACACUCCAAGACCGCGAAGUUCUACACUUCUGGCUGAAUCCUCGUCAUCGAAUUCCUAUGCACCGAGAAAAUCCUUUACGAGCGACGACAUUGCUUCUCAGGCUAAUACCAGCCAGAACAAGUCUGAGCGAGGGAGCCCGUCGAGACCACCUGCUAUUCGCCAACGAAGUUCAACUAUGCUGACUGGAGUCCCUCUGUCGGCGCAGAUGCCUAAGAAUUUCCGUGCGCCUGAAAAGCCUUUUGCAGGUCGACGCAAUAGUCCUGCAAGCUCUACUGGUGAUUCCAGUAGUGGUCGGGCGCCGCUUACACCUCGUGAUGGCAGUGACAUCGUUGCUCAAGAAGAGACCAAACCCAAAGGUCACAUGAAACGCAGGAGUGUUAGCUUCGAGGAUGAUCUUCAACAAGAACUAAAACCACCGAGUAGAAGUUAUUUGAGGGAGUCUAGCAGAAGUGGGUCAGAUGCCGGUGAGACCAGCAACGAUGAGGAUCGUAAGGAAUACAGGAGGCGUGAACGAAGGCGGUCAGAGGCUAAGGCUGCAAUUGAGCUUGGAAACGUUAUUAACGGAAAGGGCCCUAUUGUAGACGAUGAUGAAGAUGACAUGCCUAUAAACCAGACUAUGAACGCUCGGAUGUCAACCCUAAACCCCAUGAUGGCAAUGGGCAAUCCAAUGGCAAUGCAAAUGGGAUUCGGUGGUCCACCAAACCCCACCCCAUGGGCCAAUGGCAUGGGUCAGCCUCUACUUUCUCCUGCUCAAUUCAUGAUUCCUCCUCCCGCGGACCCUAAUUUCAUGGCUGCUCACCAACAAGCAAUGAUGAUAGCGAAGCAGGCGUAUCAGAUGGCCGUUGCGCAACAGGCCAUGGCAGCUGCCGCUGAUGAAUGGGAGCGUGGUUCGACGGUUGGCGGAUUAGGUGGAGGAAGCGUCUAUGGUGGAGGAAGUGUCUACGGAGGAGGAAGCGUCUACGGUGGCUCUGCCGCACCUUCGAUGAUGUCUCCCCAGUUUAACAUGAUGAGCAUGUUGCAAGGAGGUGCUUGGCAGAACUCAGCAUCUGUCUAUGGCGGCGGGGCUCGCUCAAUGUACGCGGGGAGUAUUGGCCCAGGAGAUGCCAUCAGUGGUUCUCGAAGCGAAUAUGGUGGACCAAGCAGCGGGCGUAACGGCGGUGGCAACUGGAGUUCCUCGCGAAGCUCUUACGGCGACUUUUCGAGUCCUUCUGCUGAACUGGCCCGCAAUGGACAGCAAGGUGUUAGGCGUCCGGGAAACCAACCGCGUAGCUCUGGCUACUUUCCUCCAAUGCCACCGAUUCCUGCUUCGCAGUCUGCCAAUGGCAGGUCGAGCCCAGAUAUGAGAGCCAACCCUCGAUCAAGAACUGCUAGUCAGCCCGCACAUCCUAGUCGGGGAUUGCCACCUCGCAAAGCUGCCCCCCCUUCUAGCUGGAAGGCAGGCACAUAG